GACACUGUGUCCACUCCAAGCUCUAUACACUUGCCCUUCAUCCACACACACAAACACACACUUUCAUCUGCAUUUUAACACGCAAAUCGCCUUCACGCAAUCCAAUCCCUUUGCCUCGCUAUAUAUAUACUCGCGCACACUCAUGAAUGUGUGGAGCCGCAGUUUUCCGGUCCGCGUCCUAGGGUUUCGUGCGCCGCAGGUUCUAGGUUUUCAGAGGAAAAAAUGGUGUCCGGCCGUCGAGCAAAGAGAUCGAGGACCGAAGCGGCGGCGGUGGAGGAGGACGCCGAUGACCUGGCCCUCGCCAUUGAGAAGGUUCAGGAAGUUCAAGACGAGCUUAAUAAGAUUAACGAAGAAGCCAAUCACGAGAUAUUGGCUAUCGAAAAAAAAUAUGAUCAAGUUCGAGAUCCCAUUUACGUAAGGAGAGAUAAGAUCAUCAGUGGAAUACCGGACUUUUGGUCAACUUCGCUCUUGAGUCAUCCUACUAUCGAGGAUCUGUUGAACAUGGACGAUCGAGAGAUAUUUAAGUACUUGGAUACUCUUCAUGUGGAGAACUUCAAAGAUGAUAGGAUGGGUUAUUGCAUCACAUUUAAUUUCAAGCCCAACCCAUAUUUUCAUAACACCAAACUCACUAAGACUAUGGAGUUUUUCGACGAUGGGACUCUGAAGUCAACUGGCACGACUAUCAAGUGGAAGCCGGGCAAGGGCCCAUCUGACAUCAGCAAUUAUAUGAAGGAAGGAAACAAAAGGUCAUCAUCUCCAAAUAGCACACUCGUGAAUGCCAGCUUCUUUGACUGGUUCGAGUUUCACCCUGAGUAUACAAUAGAGGUGGAUCGUGAUCCGGUUGCGGAGCUAAUUAAGGAAGAUAUAUGGGCGAACCCUAUUGAGCACCUUAACAAUGUUCAUCAUGAUGACGAUGAUGAUGAUGAUGAUACUGAUGAUGAUGAUGAUGACGACGAUGAUGCCGACAAUGAUGAGGAUUAUGAUGGGGAAAAUGAAGAUACCGAGGAAGAUGAUGAAGAC